GCCGAGACUGCCAAUAUCCAAUUCUUCUUCUUCGUCUUCUUCUUUUUCCUCUCUCUCUCCCCUAAUUUUCUCGCGCUCUUUUUUUUCAUUUUUCUGUUCUUUUGGCCUAGAAAAUGCUUGAGAUUAAGGAUCCUGCCAUUAAAAUUUUCGGCAAGGAGAUUCCCCUUCCGGCCGACUGUGAACUUCCGUUGAUUGAAAGCGAUGAUUCGGAUUCUAGUUCGGAGAAAGAUGGAGAAUAUGGAGCAGGCGAGAAGGAUGCAGUUGUAAGAGAAGCUACUGAGAGUUCAACAGCAAAAGAGGAAACUCCUCAUGAUUCAGAGGAUUCUGAAUGUCUACAAACGGCAAAUGAGGCGCAUAUGAAUCCUGAAGUGCCAUCAAUAGAUGAAAAUGAUAAGCUCGCAACAAACAAAACUGAGAAAGAACAGAAUGAUGCAACCAACUCAAAAGAGAAAUUGAAGAAACCAGAUAAAAUACUUCCAUGUCCCCGCUGCAAUAGCAUGGAAACAAAGUUUUGUUAUUACAAUAAUUAUAAUGUCAAUCAACCACGCCAUUUUUGCAAAGCCUGUCAAAGAUAUUGGACUGAAGGUGGAACGAUGAGGAAUGUCCCUGUUGGAGCUGGCCGCCGAAAGAACAAGAACUCUGCCUCCCAAUACCGACACAUUACGAUCUCAGAGGCUCUUCAAGCUGCACAAAUUGAUGUUCCCAAUGGGGUCAACCGCCUAGAAUCUGAAAGCAAUGGCAGAGUCCUCAAUUUCAGUAUAAAUGCACCUGCAUGUGAAUCUAUGGCCACUGUCCUCAAUCCUGCAGAAAUAAAGGUCUUGAAUGGAACCAGGAAUGAAUUUCAUAGACUUGAAGACCAAGUAAUCAAAGCACCUUGUAAGGAUGGUGAAACUGGCGAUGAUUGUUCCAGUGCAUCUUCUGUGACGAUGUCAAGUUCAAUGGAAGAAGGAGCCAGAAGAUGCCCUCAAGAACCACAGAUGCAGAACAUCAAUGGUUUCCCUCCUCAAAUCCCAUAUCUUCCUGGUGUUCCUUGGCCUUGUUCAUGGAACGCACCAAUACCACCACCAGCCUUCUGCCCUCCUGGAGUUCCCUUAUCAUUCUAUCCUGCAACAUAUUGGAGCUGUGGCGUUCCAGGCGCUUGGAGUAUUCCGUGGUUCCCUCCACAGCCCUGUUCUCCAAACUCUGGUCCGCGGUCUCCUACACUGGGGAAGCAUUCGAGAGAUAGUGACAGAAACCAGGCUGAUAAUUCUGAGAAAGAAGAACCUCCAAAACAGAAGAAUGGAUGUGUUUUGGUUCCCAAAACUUUAAGGAUUGAUGAUCCAAAUGAAGCAGCUAAGAGCUCAAUUUGGGAGACACUCGGUAUUAAGAAUGAUUCAGCCAAAGCGGUUAAUCUAUCUAAGGUCUUCCAAUCAAAGACUGAUCAGAAGAAUAACGUUUCUGAAAUGUUAUCUCCCCUUUUGCAAGCUAACCCUGCAGCCUUGUCAAGAUCUCUCACUUUCCAUGAGCAUUCGUGAAUGGUACUUUAGUCAUGUGAAAUUUUCAUCCACAUUACGAGGGAAGUUGGAUUUUUAUCCUUUAAUCUGACUUAUGGGUAACUUUCCUUCCUCCUUCAAGAAUUGAUUUUCCAGUAUCCAGCUUCAUUGUAAAAAUCCUCGGUGAAGUUCAGAAGCUUAAGCAUGAAGUGGAGAAAAGCAAUCUCAGCUUCUUCUGCCCAAGAAGCAAUCCAGUUUUUCAAGAAUCCUGGAACUUGUUCUCUCUCCAUAGAAAGAGUAGCAGCCAUUACCUUUUUCAUAUCUCAAGUUUAUGCAAUUUUCAAGCCAUCCUUUUGUACAUAUCUUUACAUAUGUGAAUAACUGAUGUAGAGUUGCAGCAAAGAUUCUCAGACAAUGUAUAAAAAUGCAGUCAAGUUUGCUUCAAGUUUGAUAUUAU